GCAUCUGUGUUCAUCUGUGGCAGAGUGAUUUCAGGACCCUCCAUGCCUGUGGAGGAAGGAUGUGGGUUGGAGAAGCAUCCUUGACCCACUGUGUCUGGGGUCUCGUAAGGAGAAGGGGAGAAAGUCAGAGUUUCACUGUGGAGGUCUGUGCCUGUCCUGGAAUUCAGUAUGUGGUCUCAUCGUCUCACUCAAAGCCUGCCUCAAACUCACAGAGAUCUACCUGCCUCUGCCUCCCAAGUGCUGGGAUUAAAGGACAGGUUCAGUGGCAGCAAGGCCCGGUUGGGGCCACCACUCCUUCCUGCCAGAGGUGCAGAUACCCAAGUUUGGAGAGAAAGUAGAGCCAACCCAUCUUUCCUGUCUGGCCCAGAGACCUGGAGAAACAGGCAUCCCUUUUUGAAGGCCCAGGAAGAGGGAGAAGAGGAGGAUAAAUAUGAGCUGCCCCCCUGUGAGGUUCUGCCCGUCAGUCUGGCCCCUGCACAGUCUCUUGGCUCUAAAGACGACUCCUUGUAUCUGGAUCGUUCUGGGCCCCUGGAUCCAUCCAAGCCACCACUGCCCCCGCCUCAGUCUACCAUGGCCAGAGGACUCCCCAUAAACCCUUCCUUCCCUACCCGCCCUACCUCUGGCUACCAUUUCCCGCUGAAGACAGCAAUGAACCCACAGCCUGCAAAGCAGGGACCUGUUUUUGGAAGGCAAGGGCGAGGUACAUCUGCUAGAAUGGUAACAAAGAAACCAGAUGAGGACAUCUACCUGGAGUGUGAGCCGGAUCCAGUUCCAGUCUUGACUAGGUCUCUGAGCUCCAAAGCCCUGAUACCUCCAGUUCCUCUGCCAAGAACAUCUGGAUUGCCCAAGUCAGUGGCUGGUUACCAGGAGGCUCGGAAUGGAGCUAUGGAUGGUGCGUUGAAAGCAGGAAGGAGGCUGUCUGCUUCCUCCAUAGCCCCUGCUCUGAGUAGCUCUGUUGCUGAGAAUGGUAGUCUGCUGGGUCAGCCUUGGUACUCUGGAAACUGUGACCGUCAGUCUGUUGAGAGAGCCCUGCUUCACUUCCAAAAGGAUGGGGCCUACACGGUGCGCCUCAGCUCUGGGCCUCACAGUUCCCAGCCCUUCACUUUGGCAGUACUCCUCAGAGGCCGUGUCUUCAACAUUCCCAUCCGGCAACUGGACGGUGGGCACCACUAUGCCCUGGGUCGGGAGGGCAGGAAUCAUGAGGAGCUCUUCUCCUCUGUGGCCGCCAUGGUUCAGCAUUACACGAAGCACCCCCUGCCCCUUGUGGACGGACACAGUGGCAACCGGGGACUCACCUACCUGCGCUUCCCCACCAAGCCCUGAAGAAACAGCAGCACACAGAUCCCCCUCAGGCACGUGAUGUGUGCCCCAUUCACUUUCUCUCCCACUUUAGGCUGUUUUCUUUUCCCUGCCUUCCUCCACCCCAAAAGCUCUGCAGGUUCAAACUGAGAGGCAUGAAGAUGGCCACCUGGGAGGCUGGCUUCCUCAGAGACACUGCCUCUCCUUAGACUGACUUCUUGUGUGUGGUUUGCAUCUUCUGGGAGGAACUAGGUUCCCAGCACACAGUAUACUUUCAAUAAACAUUUACUGACUGAAUUCUCUCUUAA